AUGGAUAUCCGACGUUCUGUCUUAGAAGCCACGACUGCGGCGCCAAACACGCCUCCCACCAAGAAAAGCUCGCGACAAAAACGAAUGAGUUCGCUGAGUCCGAAUGCCGAGGUGAUGAUGACUAAAUCGGCUAUGCCCACUUAUAGAGUCGGAAUUAAAGCACAAGUCAGAACAAUCGGAGACUUAGUGAGCUUAAUUUGGCUUGUUGGUGGUCGGCAAACUCAGCCACCAAAAAGAACAAUGUCUAGCGCUGUGACCUCAACAGGAACAAUCUCUAGCGUAGCAAACAAAUGUUGGAUUCACAUGAAGAUUUCCAACAUGAGUACCAAACUUCCCUUCCAACAAUCGAUGGAGAUAAUCUGUAGCCAAACGCCAUGCACAAGUAUCGUCGCUGCUGGAGCCAUAGUUGUCACUUCUAUCUUGCUGGUCGCUUUGAGAUUCUUGAGCGGAACACCCAAAGUCAAGAUACUCCUUCAAGACGAGAUCAAAAGUGCGCGACACAGAGCUCUGGAGUAUUGCUUCAAUCCUCGAGCUGUUAUGGCGAAAGGAUAUGCAAGGUUCAAAAAUGAGGUCUUUGGUCUUGAUACGCAGGAUGGAGUCAAACUUGUGAUUCCACCUAGCUUCCUCGAUGAACUAAAAAGCCAUCCUGCGCUCAGCUUCAAAGUCUCAAUUGAUAAUGAUAUGCAAAUCGAGUAUACGCAUUUUGGCGGUCCAGCAGAAUACGUAAUCCACGCUAUCAAGGCUAAUUUGACCGCAUCCCUCUGUGAGUAUCGUCCCUGCGGGUUGCUUCGUAUGCCAGUUAGGCUAAUGACCCUAGCCGCCUUCACACCACUCUUGCAUCGCAUGGUUCAAAAGAACAUGCCAAGAAUUAUCGGAAAAUACAAAGACUGGACUCCCGUCAAAGUCCACGACAGAGUCCUCCGCCUCAUCGCCACCAACAACGCUCGCGUCUUCCAAGGCACAGCCGCCAGCCUCGACGAAAAAUGGCUCGAAGCAUCCACCGGCUACGUCCUAGCCUGCUUCGACUGCAUCCGCGCUCUCAAACAAUGGCACCCCUGGCUCCGACCUCUCGUGUACAGAUUCAUCCCCGAGCGCGCAGCCAUCAAAGACCAAUGGCUCAAAGGCCGCAAGCGUGUCAUGGCUUCUAUGCGUGAGAGGCAAGGCAAAGGAGGGAACCUUGAGGAUCCGCCUACUAUGCUGGAUCAUUUGAGUAAUGGGAGGAACGAGCAUAUUGCGGACGAUGUUGAGCUACAGUUGUUGCAUCAGAUGACUUUGAUUGCUGUUGGGACUGUUACAACGUUUUCGUCGACGACACAGGCUAUUUAUGAUCUCGUGGCGCAUCCGGAGUAUAUCCCUAUUCUUCGGGAGGAAGUUGAGUCCGUGCCUCGAAAUCAUAAUGGGAACUUCACCAAAGACUCAACAGUGGCUAUGGAUAAGCUUGACAGUUUUCUCAAAGAGAGUCAGCGCUUUAAUUCACCCGAUCUCACUACCUUCCAACGCGCAGCCAUCGCAGACAUGAAACUCCCAGACGGCACAUUCGUCCCCAAAGGCACCAAACUAGAAAUCAACACUUGCUCCAUCCACAAAGAUCCCGAGUUAUAUGAGAACCCAGAGGAGUUUGAUGGUUUGCGCUUUCAUAAAUGGCGCAAAGUCCCUGGCAAGGAAAAGAAGUACAUGUAUUCCAGCAGCGGGACGGAUGAUCUGUCCUGGGGCUUUGGACGACAUGCGUGCCCGGGGAGAUAUCUUAGCGCCAUUAACAUCAAGCUCAUCAUGGCGGAACUGUUGAUGAACUAUGAUAUCAAGCUGCCCGAUGGAGUGAGUCGACCUAAGAAUAUCGAGUUUGAAGUAUUGUGCUCUCCUGAACCGGACUUUGAGAUCCUUUUUAAGGACAGGAAUCAUUAG